GGAUCGAUGUUCCAAUCAUGUUGUGUCGCCUAUAUAAGUGUGGCUAUUUCACACCGUUUCUGUGUGUUUGAGAUACAUGAAAACUUGAUAAUACUAGCAGCAGUAGCAGCACCAGUUGUCUAGUUGUGCAUUUGAUUGCACCAUGGAACACACAAGAAAUGGUGAUUUGAAGGUCAGUUAUGAGCAGGAGCUGUUCGGGCGGCGCCGGAACGGCAACUUACCCGCCUACCCAGACCUCACCAGGGAGGCCAUCGCCACCGGCCCGGCUAGGGGGGGAGUGCCGCCGAAGAGCACGCCGAGCCGGCGGCGCACUUACGCUGACGGCGAGCUCGACGUGUUCUCGGCUGAGCGUUACUUCAAGGGUGCAAUUGACGGCGACAGCAAGGAGGGUUCCGUCACGCCCGUGGAGACUCUGGCCACGGUGUCGAGGCCAGCUGUACCGGUGAGCAAGCCGACGUCGACGUGCGCGUCGGCGGCGAGCGCUGGCUCGGGGGCCACUGCCAACAGCCAGACCGUGCUCCUCCGGGACGCGCGCAGCCACCCAGGAUACAGCAGCAAGAAGUGCUGCCUGCAGGUCGCUGCGCUCCUGCGUCCGUGCUCCGGGAAGCGGGCCGUGCGCGUCAACGGCGGUGCGGCGACGGAGACGACCGAAUCGAGCAAGCUGGCGGCGAGCGGGAUCGAGUGGUACAGAGACCUGAGGAUGCAGAAGGCUGGCCUCGGGCUAGCCGGCGGCAGCCACCGUGGCGUGGUGGCUGGCAUCCCGCCAAAUUUGAAUCUCGGCGCUUCACAAGUGGCAGCAGUAGGGAGGGAGGAGAAGGCGGGCGAGUACUCGAGCGCGAGCUUUAGGAAAGGAAGCUUUACGCUUCAGGCUCCCGUCAAAGUCAGCUGCGGUGGAGGCGGCGACGACGACGACGAUGGCGGGAGCGAGUCGAGCUCGGACCUGUUCGAGAUAAAGAGCCUCAUGAUCGGCGACUGCCCUUACGAGCCAAGCGAGGCGAGCAUCCAGUGGAGCGUGGUGACCGCGAGCGCCGUGGACAUGUCCGCCGCGCCGGAGCGCGGUGGCGGCCGCGGGAGGCCCCAGGUGGACGUGAGGCAGAACCGGGACCGGCCGGUUGGGCUACUAACGGGGUGCGUGAGCCGCAGGGCGGUGGAUGUGUCGCCUAUGGCCGCGGUGCGCAGGUUUCCCGACCCGCCGGGGCGCCGGCGCAUCGAUGGGUGACACAAGCAAGACGCACAAUGCAAAUGUGCAAACCCGUAGCUUUCUACUCGUGUGUCUAUGAAUUCCAUCUUCUUCUUUUU